AUGGAGCCGACGCAGCAGGACAAGGCCGAGCAGGUUGAUGAGCUGGCCGGCAACGCGACCCGCGCGUGUUUCGCGCGCUUCCGGUCGUGUAUUGCCGCACUAGAUGGCGAGCACAGAACCCACCUCGAGGUCCGGUUUGCGGACCUGAAGCUUUGGGCCGACAGCGUGGGCGCCCUGGCUCAUGGAAAGGCGUCGCUGGACUGGCGGCUCAGCGGGCGGUUAAGGGAUAUAUUUCUCGUCACCAGCCUGCUGGACAUGCUUGAGCAGUUUCUGGAGGGCUACAAGACGGCGGCCAUCGAGGAUGGCGACGAGGACGAGAUCGAAGAGGCCGAGCAGGGCAUUGAUGAGAUGAUGGACAAUUUGGCGUGGAUUGGCUCUGCAAUUCGGCGGUCCGGAACGAAAUCGCGGCUGCAAAAGGCCGACAUGUCCUUUGAGCGCGACAGGGCCGGGAAAGACAAGCGGCAGUGUGACCAGUUGCGAGCACAUCUUAUCUGCAUCAUGAAGUCCAGACCGACUGAAUCCGCCAAGUCGAAAGACUAUUCAAAAGAUUUUCACAGCAUAGAGCUCCAAGGAAUACAGAAUCGGCUGGUGGAGGCCAAUCUACGACGUUGGCACCGAUUCCGAUAUGCCCAACGCCACUCCGACGUCCUCAGAGCCUCACGAGCUGUCCAAAACAUGCCAAUGCAUGUCAUUCCAGAAGUCACUACACCUGAUUCGGCGGCAGAGCCAACGAAUACCCCCGCGCCGCGAAUCAAUACCGCCAACGCAAAACAAAGAAAUGAGGCCAACGAUCAAGGCGAGACACGCACUACCGCUGGGUUGUCAGCCUCGGCGUUUGGGAGUGAAUACCAAGGACUCGAGGGCCGAUAUGCCCGACCAGCGAAGUCUACAAUGACGCGGAUCAGCAGCAUCACCAGAUUUGCUCGCUUUCCAAAGGCAAAGAAAUCACAGACGCAACGAAAGAUACUGCUGUGUCCUUGUUGCUGCCAGGCCCUACCACUAGAGGAAGCUGAGGAUCCAGAUCUAUGGGCGAAACACAUGAAGAAUGACAUCAGCCCGUACACCUGCAUCGUAGAAAACUGCCCUACGCCGUAUCGAUUCUACGUCACACGAAACGAAUGGAGAGAGCACGUUCUAUGCGACCACCCGCCAAAGUGGAGAUGUUCCUGUUGCACAGGAACCCGUCCCGUCUUUCAAUCUCUGCCGUCAUUCAUGGCUCACCUUGACGAAAAGCAUGAAAGCCAGGUCUCUGAUGAAACCUUUGAACGCAUAACGGCCAAGUCAACCUUUCGAACCUUUGGCAUAACCAACUGCCCGCUGUGCAACGACCAUGGUCCCACCGACUCUCCUGAGCUCAUCGAGCACGUCCUCGGACACAUCUACGACUUUUCCAUGUAUGCUCUCCCCUGGCGAACAAUACCCCAGACAGGCCUAAAUAAACCAAUCCGCACCUUCAACGACAUCGCUCCAGUACUCGACCCAAAUGACGACGAAGACGCCACAGAGAUGCGAAUGUUCAGCCACACCAGGAUUCUAGAAUGGGUCGAAGAACCUCAUCCAGAAGAAGAGAGCCUUACUCCCGAACAAAGGGCAACGAUCCGCGACCUUGAUUGGGACGACUAUCAGGCCAUGGAUAAUGAAGACGGAGCGGACCCCAUCGUGGCCGAUUAUUUCGACCGCGCCGAAAUCGACUAUUUCGAAGACGAUGCCAGCAGUCGCGGGGCUUCUUCUCAAGCCGGCCAUUCGGCUAGCACGCGGCAGUUAUCUAUAGCUUCUAGUAGCACGUAUUCGAGCCGUACCCAGGCUAACCCUCCCCUAUCUGCUCAAGAAAUGGACUCCGCCCUCGCCGAGGCGACCAUCGCUGACGACGACGAGAGCGUCCCCGACAAAGAGAGCAUUGAGGCGAUGUACAUUCGGGCGCUGGUCGGGAACGAGAAGGCACUUGGACCGGACCACACAUCGACACUCGAUACGGUCAACAACCUAGGCAGACUCUAUGCCGACCAAGGUAAGCUGGCCGAGGCGGAGAAGAUGUAUAUUCGGGCGCUGGUCGGGAACGAGAAGACACUUGGACCGGACCACAUAUCGACACUCGAUACGGUCAACAACCUGGGCAGACUCUAUGCCGACCAAGGUAAGCUGGCCGAGGCGGAGAAGAUGUGUAUUCGGGCGCUGGUCGGGAACGAGAAGACACUUGGACCGGACCACAUAUCGACACUCGAUACGGUCAGCAACCUAGGCCGACUCUACGCCGACCAAGGUAAGCUGGCCGAGGCGGAGAAGAUGUAUAUUCGGGCGCUGGCCGGGAACGAGAAGACACUUGGACCGGACCACACAUCGACACUCGAUACGGUCAGCAACCUAGGCCGACUCUAUGCCGACCAAGGUAAGCUGGCCGAGGCGGAGAAGAUGUAUAUUCGGGCGCUGGUCGGGAACGAGAAGACACUUGGACCGGACUACAUAUCGACACUCGAUACGGUCAGCAACCUAGGCCGACUCUACGCCGACCAAGGUAAGCUGGCCGAGGCGGAGAAGAUGUAUAUUCGGGCGCUGGCCGGGAACGAGAAGGCGCUGGGCGCAGAUCAUCCUGCUACGUUGACGAGUAUGAACAAUCUAGCGUUAGUACUACAGGAUCAAGGGAAGUACGAGCAGGCGGAAGAGAUAAACCGACGGGCGCUGGCGAUGAGUGAGAAGAUGCUGGGCGUGGAUCAUCCUGCUACGUUGACGAGUAUGAGCAAUCUAGCGUUAGUACUACAGGAUCAAGGGAAGUACGAGCAGGCGGAAGAGAUAAACCGACGGGCGCUGGCGAUGAGGGAGAAGAUGCUGGGCGUGGAUCAUCCUGCUACGUUGACGAGUAUGAGCAAUCUAGCGUUAGUACUACAGGAUCAAGGGAAGUACGAGCAGGCGGAAGAGAUAAACCGACGGGCGCUGGCGAUGAGGGAGAAGAUGCUGGGCGUGGAUCAUCCUGCUACGUUGACGAGUAUGAGCAAUCUAGCGUUAGUACUACAGGGUCAAGGGAAGUACGAGCAGGCGGAAGAGAUAAACCGACGGGCGCUGGCGAGGAGGGAGAAGAUGAGAAAUAGUAUGUAA